CCCCCACCCCAGCCCCAGCCCCCGCUCCCCCCGGACAUCGGCCGGGUCCUGGGCCGGCCGAUGGAGGACGUCCGCGCCACCUACACCUUCGGCCGGGAGCUGGGCCGGGGCCAGUUCGGCGUCACCUACCUCGCCACCCACAAGUCCACCGGCGCGCGCUACGCCUGCAAGUCCAUCGCGGCGCGGAAGCUGGCCCGCGCCGACGACGUGGAGGACGCGCGGCGGGAGGUGCAGAUCAUGCACCACCUCACGGGCCACCGCAGCAUCGUCGAGCUGCGCGGCGCCUACGAGGACCGCCACUCCGUCAACCUCGUCAUGGAGCUCUGCGAGGGCGGCGAGCUCUUCGACCGCAUCAUCGCCCGCGGCCACUACUCCGAGCGCGCCGCCGCCACGCUCUGCCGGGAGGUCGUCAGUGUUGUGCAUAGCUGCCACUCCAUGGGGGUCAUGCACCGCGACCUCAAGCCCGAGAACUUCUUGUUUUUGAAUAAGAGGGAGGACUCCCCGCUCAAGGCCACCGAUUUCGGGCUCUCCGUCUUCUUCAAGCCCGGCGAGCAGUUCAGGGAUCUUGUUGGGAGUGCAUACUAUGUGGCUCCGGAGGUGCUGAAGCGGCGAUACGGAGCUGAGGCUGACAUUUGGAGUGCUGGAGUUAUCCUCUACAUUCUCCUCUCCGGCGUUCCUCCAUUCUGGGCAGAGAACGAGGAGGGUAUAUUUGAUGCUGUUCUCAAAGGUCACAUUGAUUUCUCGUCCGAUCCCUGGCCAUCGAUUUCGAAUGGGGCUAAAGACUUGGUCAAGAGGAUGCUACGGCAGGACCCCAAGGAGCGGCUUACGGCUGCUGAAAUUUUGAAUCAUCCAUGGAUUAGAGAGGAUGGAGAAGCCCCAGAUAAACCACUUGAUAUUACAGUGAUCAGUAGAAUGAAGCAGUUCAGGGCGAUGAACAAGCUUAAGAAGGUUGCCUUGAAGAUUGUUGCAGAGAGCUUGUCAGAGGAAGAGAUCGUGGGCUUAAGAGAAAUGUUCAAGUCCCUGGAUACUGAUAAUAGUGGGACAAUUACCCUUGAUGAACUAAGGGCUGGCUUACCAAAGCUUGGUACCAAAAUUACCGAAUCAGAAAUAAGACAGUUAAUGGAGGCGGCUGAUGUUGAUGGAAAUGGGACCAUUGAUUAUGUUGAAUUCAUAUCGGCAACAAUGCACAUGAAUAGACUAGAGAAGGAAGACCACAUAUUUAAAGCAUUCGAAUACUUUGACAAGGACCACAGCGGGUACAUAACAGUUGAUGAGUUGGAAGAAGCUCUGAAGAAGUAUGAUAUGGGUGAUGAGGCAACAAUCAAAGAUAUCAUUGCUGAAGUGGAUACAGAUCAUGAUGGGAAAAUUAACUACGAGGAGUUUGUUGCGAUGAUGAAGAAUAACAGCCCAGAGAUUGUUCCAAAUCGACGGCGCCUAUUUUAAGUCUUGCAAUGGUUUAUGCGAAGCUUGUGAUUCCUAUGAAUGCAUUGAGACAGGUGACCAGUCAAGAUCUUAAUUGGCGAGGAAUGAGCGAAGCCAUUCAUGCUUGGCCACGGAAUUUAGUAAGGUAUCUGCAAGUGAUCCUUUAUACUUGGACACACUAUCCAUCAUUGGGAACUCUCCCCUUCAACGUGUUCUGAGCUAGGUGGCACUUUCUUGUGCUACCAUGUUAUACCAUUUACAUGUAUCCUUAUGAGUUAUGACUUAUGAGGCGAGCCGUCUGGUUUUGUGUUUCCUCCAAUUGAUCAUUUAUGUAAGGAAAGGCUUGUAAAACACUCUUAAAUGAUCAUAUCAAGGAAGAUCAUGUUUCCAGAUGAAUAUAGCACAAAGGAAGGUAUCUGAAAGCAAUCCUUUGUACUUGGACACAUUAUCCAUCAUCAACAACUAUUCCCCUUCA